AUGCUGCGAGAGUCUGCGUACAAUUGCAGCAAAACGAGUGAAGAUGAGGACCAGUUUAGCAAGUAUACGUGCUCGCCUUGUCCUCCCGGCUACUACGGAAGAACGUUCACAACAAGAGGAUAUGAGUACGAUGAUCGACCGGUUUGUAAUCGUUGCCCUGCAGGUGGUUUUUAUCAAGACGAAGUGGCUCAAUACACGUGUAAAGUCUGCGUGAAUGGAACGUUUGUAAGUCCCAAUAUUUUGGGAAACUCGAGCAGAUCAUGUAAAGUGUUUCCAACCGGCACCGACACGACACGACGUGCGGGCUAUCGAGCCGGUCCGUGUCUUAAGAACUACUUUAGAUUGCAGAGGUUUGGUGCAUGCUACCCUUGUAAGUCUCCGGGAGCCAAAUGUACGAACGAGGUGUUGACUCUGACAGAAGGAUACUGGUGGACAAUGGAAGAUGACCUUCGACUUUCUUAUCGAAACUUUGCUAGCAAUAUCUUCGUUCACGACGACAUUUACGAUAGAUCGACGGUAAACUACAGUAAAUCCUAUUUGCCUACUAUUCACAAGUGCCGUUACCCGAACGCUUGCCCGGGUCAAGACAACAAUCCCAAGAAGAACGUUUGCUCGAAAGGUUCGUACGGGCCUCUGUGCGAGUUGUGCGAGAAGGGAUACUUUCUGAGUGAUAGCGGCUGUUCUCCGUGUCCUCCGACGUGGCGGGUCGGUUUGCAGUUGACGGGAUUUGUCGUUGUUGUGCUGUUUCUUGUCGUAUUCUUGAGUUGGAAACAGAGUAAAAUAGAGCAAAACGUGCAAACGGGCACUUGGCUCGAUCAUUUUGUUUCAUCGCUUCGAAUUGGCAUCGGAUUUAUUCAAGUCAUGAAUGGCAUCACUAUGGCUCUAGUGUUUGUCCCUUGGCCGUCGGGUAUAAAGGUGGUCGGUCGCUACCUGAGAGCUAUCGAAUUUAAUGUAAUAUCAGUCGUCAACUCGGUGUGUCUCGGAGGUAGUUUGAAGCAUUUUGACCAUCUCGAUAAGACUCUAGUGUUUUUCGGUAGCGUCACGGGCAUCGUCUUGAUGUUGGUCGCUAUCUACUGGAUAUGGAAAGUUUAUAUGAAAUGUCGUAGAAUGACGAUCGACGACGUGCUUCACGAAACGGCUCUUAAAUUUUGUCUAACUGGAAUGUUGUGGACAUUCUUUGCUUGCUAUCCAUCUCUAUCUCAGUAUAUCAUUGCUACGGUACCUUACCGAGAGUUCUCGUGCAUCGCCCUCGACUGUACGAAUGAAAAUGGUACGACAGAUACGACUGGAAGAGACGACAACCUAACGUGUCAAUGGUAUCUUAAAGCUGAUGUUUCUUUGCGCUGCAACGAGUCCAGCUUUUCUGGUCCUCUAUGGCGAGCUUGCAACUGUCUUCUCAUCGUCGUCUUCGGUCUGCCUUUACUGCUUCUUGUUUUGCUGUAUUGGAAACAUCGCAAUGAUUGUCACCGUGUACGGGUUAACAGUGCUUUAGUACGAGCUCUCUACUCGUCGCUGUCUUUCUUGGACGACAGCUACGAGUCGAACUAUUGGUACUGGGAUGUGGUGGAAAUGGUACGCAAACUGGUGCUCACUUCAGGUCUGCAGUUCUUCGGAACAGGAAGCACGACGCAACUGGCCGUCGCUUCUAUUAUUGCUUCAGCGUUUGCUCUUUUACAUGCUCAGUUUAAGCCAAUAAAGUCGAAGCGCAAGUGGCAGCACUAUUUGCAACUGUUAUCUUUGUCUGUCAUCUCUCUCAAUAUAAUGGUUGGCGUGUUGCAACUGGUGGAUGUAGGUGAAGAAGGGAAUCUCGAUGAAGAAGCGAUGAAAUCCGGGAUUGUUAACAGAACGCUAUUUAGUGUGCUGUUCUACUCGGUCAAUGGCUUAUUCGUCUUCCUAUGUGUCGUCAAUCUAUGUAAGAGUGUGUGGUCGGCAUGUGAUAAAUGGUGCUGCUAUGGGUUACGCUUCUCGUCGUGUUGUGAUUGUCGACGGAGCAAUAGGGAAAGACAGCCUAUUCUUAGUACUGAAUUCACGUCAUCUGACGAAAAGACAGAAGAUUAGUACUUCAGUCUAGUUUGCAGUGUAUUUCAAUGGCUGCAAGAUGCGAACGAUCAGUGUUUCUAUAUAGACGAGCUCAGACAUUAAUCUGAAUAUGUACACGUGUUAUC